CUUUCAUCGGAAGGAAAUCAGAUAUGCAUCAGCCAGGACGGACGGACGGAAGGAAAUCAUCUCUCCCCCCACCCACACACGCUGCCGUCUCUUCUCACCCUCACACUGCAAACACCUCGCCGCCCCGUCGUCUGCCAUCUCUUCUCCGACGCCUGCCUUCUGGCAACCACCUCGCCGCCUCGUGGUCUGCCAUCUCUUCGCCGACGGCUGCAAUCUCUCCAUCGACCUUGUUGGUUGCCAACGCCGACGCCACGUGGUCUGCCUCAUUGGUCUGCAACCUCGCCGACGCCCCGUGUUCUCCUUCAUUGGUCUGCCGCCUCUUCUUUGACGCCCAGAUGGAUCCGUCGAAACGGUCGAGUGAACGUACUCCUUUCAAAGAUUUGUCCAACACCAUCAGCACAAACACCAUACAUGGAGGGGAACCUACAGAUGGGAGAGAACGCGGUAGACAACGUCGACAGAUAUAUGCGCAGAUGGAUCCACAAAAGAAAGAUGAGCUACUUAAAAAGCGCCGUGAAUCCUAUCAACAGAAGAAAGCUAAACUACAAUGCACACACCCUGUUACAAACUCAGGAGAGUCAAUUGGAGGUCCAUCUGCACUCACGACCCUAGAGAGCCAACCGGCUGUUAAAGGACAAAAUGCUAUGCACACGGAAGAUGUUGUACCUGCUGCAAAUGAGGUAUUCCAACUCCAAUCACCUCAUAUGUCAUCUCAAGGGCAACAAAGUUUCAUGACUGACAAUGUUGACAUCGCGGUGUUGACCGUCAAGGUGUUGAGAAGUCAAUGCUUACAGAGUACUUCGCGGCAAACAAAUUACAUGAGGAGGCCCGUUGUAUCUUGUACAGGGAUUUCCCCGAAUGGUACACUUGGCAGAAAGGUAAGAAAGGUCAGGAUAAACACUGGCAGAGAAGGGCUGUAAAAAAAGAUGGUACACCUACGAAAAGGAUACAGGUUGGAAGGAUUGUGUCGGCUCACCCAGCGGAAGGGGAUCGCUAUUACCUGAGAGUCCUUCUAAACCAUGUCAGUGGGGCCACCUGCUACGAUGACCUAAAGACGGUUAAUGGCAUUCUGCUGGGAUCCUUUCGUGAAGCUGCAGAGAGAAGGGGGUUGAUCGAAGGGGACAACACAUUGGAUGACUCCCUUACUGAAUCUACACUCUUCGAGAUGCCUUCAUCUCUACGAAGGCUCUUUGCGACAAUAUUGGUAUUCUGCGAGCCUAGCGAUGUGCGCGGGCUCUGGGAUAAGCACUUUGACGCAAUGUCGGAAGACUAUCGCCGCAACGAUCCAUCCAAUAUUGUAGCUGAGCAGAAAGUUUUGAUAGAUAUCAGAAAUAUGCUACAGUCAAUGGGCAAAGACAUCAAGUCAUUUCCUCUUCCUGAUAUUGAUGAGGAAUUUGACAAUGCCACCGGUGUGGAAAGGGAGAUCUUCGAGGAGUCUGUGAUUGAGCCCAACAAGGAGGACAUAAAUCUACAAGACUCACUUAAUACGGAUCAGAAGGCCGCGUAUGAAAAAAUUAUGUCUGUUGUUCAUGGCGAUGAGGGUGGUGUGUUCUUUGUGGAUGGACCUGGAGGUACCAGAAAGACUUUUCUGUACAGAGCACUGCUCGCAACGAUUCGCGGUCAGAAAAAAAUUGCUGUAGUAAUAGCUACAUCUGGUGUUGCAGCUUCCAUAAUGCCUGGAGGGAGAACAGCUCAUUCCCGAUUCAAGAUACCACUGAGCAUUGAUGAUGGCGGGUAUUGCACCUUCACUAAACAGAGUGGUACUGCAAAACUCCUACAGUCGGCUUCUCUCAUCAUCUGGGAUGAGGCUUCCAUGACAAAGAGACAGGCAGUCGAGGCGUUGGACAACAGUAUGCGCGAUAUAAUGAGCCGUCCAGACCUGCCAUUUGGUGGAAAGACGGUUGUCUUCGGUGGAGAUUUCAGGCAGGUCCUCCUGUUGUCCGUAAAGGGUCGAGGGCUCAGAUAAUUGAUGCGUCACUACGUAGGUCUUACCUUUGGGAUUGCAUGACUCACCUAAAGCUCGAACGCAAUAUGAGGGCACAUAGUGAUCCUUGGUUUGCGGAAUACCUACUGCGCAUCGGUGAUGGUAAGGAAGAGGCCAAUGCUGAUGGUGACAUCCGUCUUCCUGACGAGAUAUGUGUGCCGUGUACGGGAAAGAAGGGCUCCGACCUUGAUAAACUAAUAGACAACGUUUUCCCAAGCCUUGGUGCUAACAUGUCAGACCCAAACUACAUCACCUCCAGAGCAAUCUUGUCGACACGAAAUGACUGCGUUGAUAGGGUUAAUUUGAAGAUGAUAAAUCGAUUCCAGGGACAAGAGAUGUUGUACCGUAGCUUUGAUUGUGCGGUGGACGACCCUCAUAACUACUACCCACCUGACUUUCUUAACACAUUGACCCCUACUGGUCUACCCCCACAUUUGUUGAAGCUCAAGAUCAAUUGCCCUAUCAUAUUGCUCCGAAACAUUGACCCCGCAAACGGACUUUGUAAUGGCACGAGGUUGGUGGUUAGAGGAUUCCAAAGAAAUGUUAUCGAUGCAGAAAUUGUUUUGGGCCAACAUGCUGGAAAGAGGAUCUUCCUGCCAAGGAUCCCACUUUGCCCCUCUGAUGAUGAGAUGUUCCCUUUUCAGUUCAAGAGGAAGCAGUUUCCUGUUAGGCUCAGCUUCGCCAUGACGGUUAACAAGGCACAGGGGCAGACUAUACCUAAUGCCGGUAUUUACUUGCCUGAGCCGGUGUUCUCUCAUGGGCAGUUAUAUGUCGCCCUAUCUAGAUCUACUGCUAGAAAGAACGUCAAGAUUCUUGUCAUCCCAGAUGGUGAUAACAAGAAAACAAACUCUGAUGAAAGCAAAAAGAAGAGGCGUCUUGUCAAUACCUACACGAAGAACAUAGUCUGGAAGGAGAUCCUUACAUCGUAGGUGGCCAGCUUCAAAAGAUCAUUGGACUGAAUGCUGAAAAGGCAGACCUUCAGCAGUUUGUCCCGUUCUCAGGACCUCUGUUAUGGGUUAUGGCUGGUCCUUUUGAUUUCCCGGAUGGCUCGCUGACAGGUGUUCUGGGCGUCGUCAUGUACGUCAGGCCAUUCGAGACUGACUUUCUAGCCCCUAGCAGCGACAGAGAGUUAGCUAUCGUUGAUAGCGAGUACAACAUUAUUUUUCUCCGCAUUUUUUGGAGAAAAAGCAUAUUCCUACGGCAGCACUCUUUUGUUAGCCGAACUGAAUAGUGCUGUUCUUGUGGCACAUGACCUAAAAGUCGAUCAAGCAUCAAGUAAAAUUUAGUUGCAUUAAAUUUAGAUCAAGCAUCCAGAUGGACAAGCUGAAUUAAAUUUAAGUCCAGAAUAAUAAUAAUAAAUAAAAACUGGAGUAGUUAUUCUCUAUUUGAUAAUGAAGUUUUAAUAAUUCAGAUGUCAUAUGUGUGAAACAA